AUGCCCACCGUCGCAGGCAAGGUUGGUCGCUCCCUGGCCACGGUCCUCGGAAUCGAGCUCCAGGACCGAGAUGUGGACUCUGAGGACAGGAUCCCUGGCGGAGGCUUCGCUCCGCCCACAGAGAGAUACAUCGAGCAGCGCGUCGCCACCUCUGAAUGGAUUCGCGAACAGCUCCCGUCCCCGCGAGGCGCCGCCGGGUACGCCAGGUCUCUGUUCCCCUGCGUGGCAUGGCUGCCGCACUACAACCUCCAGUGGCUUACCGGAGACGUCAUUGCGGGUUUGACAGUCGGCGCCAUCAUCGUGCCCCAGGGCAUGGCAUAUGCCUCUCUAGCUAAGCUGGAGCCGCAAUUCGGCCUCUACUCGUCGUUCAUGGGCCUCGUCAUGUACUGGAUCUUCGGCACGUCAAAGGACAUCUCCAUCGGCCCGGUCGCCGUCUUGUCCACUGUCGUGGGCUCCGUCGUCGAGGCCGUCCAGGCGACUCCUGCCGGUAAGGACACGGCGGCGCACAUCAUUGCCUCGGCCUUCAGCUUGGUCGCCGGCGCCAUUAUCUUGGGUUUAGGUCUCCUUCGCUGCGGUUGGAUCGUCGACCUCAUCUCCAUUACCUGUCUGGCCGCCUUCACGACAGGCUCCUCCAUCAGCAUCAUUGGCAGCCAGCUGCCCGCCCUGUUGGGCAUUGAGGGAGUGCGUACGAGAGAUCCUGCGUACAGGGUUUACAUCAACACCUUCAAGCGUCUCCCGAAGACGCAGCUUGACGCGGCAAUGGGCUUGACGGCGUUGUUUGCGCUCUACCUCAUCCGUUACUGCUUGAACAGGGCGGCGGAUAGAUACCCUAAGCACAGGCGCGUCAUCUUCAUCGUCAACACCAUGCGCAACGUCUUCGUCAUUCUGCUCUACACAAUGAUCAGCUGGCUGGUCAACAUGAACAGGCGGUCCAAACCUGCGUUCCGCAUCCUCGGGGUGGUGCCGAGUGGCUUCCAUGACGUUGCUGUCCCCGAACUAGACCCGGCCAUUGUCUCGAACCUCGUCUCUCACCUUCCUGCAGGUAUCAUCGUCAUGUUAGUCGAACACAUUGCUGUCGCCAAGGCCUUUGGAAGGAUCAGCGACUACACCAUCAACCCCUCUCAGGAGAUGGUCGCCAUUGGCAUGACCAACAUUCUCGGCCCGUUCUUGGGUGCCUUUGCCUCAACGGGCUCGUUCAGCCGGACGACCGUCAACUCGAAAGCAGGCGUCCGGUCGCCUAUAGGAAGUCUGAUCUCCGGUCUCAUCGUCUUGAUUGCGACAUAUUGCCUGACUAGCGUGUUUUUCUAUAUCCCGUACACGGUCCUUUCGGCGGUCAUCAUGCAUGCGCUCGGCGACCUCAUCACCUCGCCCAACACCCUGUAUCAGUUCUGGAGAGUGUCGCCAUUGGAGGUGAUUAUCUUCUUCCUCGGCGUCUUGGUCAGCGUCUUCGAAGGUAUUGAGGAGGGCGUUUACGCUACUGUCGGCCUUUCAGCUGUCAUUCUCAUGUACAGGAUCCUCAAAGCCCGCGGGUCAUUCCUGGGCAAGGUCCGCGUUCAUUCGGUGCUGGGAGACCAGGUCAUUGGAGAGGAUUCACCAAGGCCGAUUGGGGAGUACAAGUCCUUCGAGGACCCAACGAGCGCCGCCAGGAGCGUCUUUCUCCCCUUCGACCACGGCGAUGGAUCCAACCCGAGCGUCGCACUGGAGAGCCCGUAUCCCGGCAUCUUCAUCUACCGAUUCUCAGACGGAUUCAACUACCCCAACGCGAACUACGCGCUGGAUCACCUCACCGAAUUCAUAUUCGCAAACACUCGCCGCACGAGCGAGGAGCAGUUUGAACGAGAGGGCGAUCGCCCAUGGAACAGGCCCGCGGCACAGAAGUCACACCGAGGAGACCAGCUUCCAACGCUGAAAGCCGUGAUCCUGGACUUUAGUUGCGUCAACAACAUCGACGUCACGUCGGUGCAAUGCAUGAUUGACGUAAGGAAUCAGCUGGACCAAUACACCGCGCCGGAAGUCGUUGACUGGCAUGUCGCGUGCAUCAACAAUCGAUGGGCAAAGCGAGCCCUCGUGACGGGCGGCUUUGGCGUUCCCACAAAGAGCGGCGACAGCCCAAGUCACAGAUGGAGGUCCAUCUUCAGCGUUGCCGAGAUUGGAGGCAACAGGUCCGCCGACGACCGACACAAGCUCAGCGAGACCUCGCAGUCGGAUGACGAAGAGUCGGGUCCGGAUGGCGCGGGAAUCUUCAAGGCCAAGCCUUCAUCCACACAUAUCGAAGAAAAGCCCAUGAGGGAAACGAGAAAGGGCGUCGUGAUUCACAGCCUCGACAAGCCCAUGUUCCACGUCGACUUGACGAGCGCACUGCAGAAUGCGAUUGCCAACGUCGAGGCCAGGAAGGAGUUUCAGCCAAUCAUGGAGUCGGACUAG